GGCCUUGCUUAGCUGAGGCUCAUAUGAUGGUCUAGAUAACGAUCGGAUGGAACACUUUUUGACCGUCAGAUGUUUUUGCUGUAUUAAUAACCAUCGAUCGCAUGAUUCAUUUGUUUGUCCCCUUACUUCCAUCCUCCCUCGAUCGUUGUCGGCCGGCGGCGCUUCCAUCCUACGUCGUCGUCGUCAUGUUGAGAAGAAUUGUUUUGAUUUUGCGACGCCCAAUCAUCGUAUCAGUCUCCGCACCGCCGCAUCGAUUCCUGAGGCCCAGGUUCCACAUCCUCAGAACUCUCUCCUCCUCCUCCUCUUUCUCCGACAUUGAUGCCGGUGAUUCUGACAAACACGACGACGACGACGACGACCAUGGCGGCAAGAUUGAUUCCCAACUUCUCCGGGACAUCGACUCCGUCCUCGCUUCUAUCCGCGGAUUCGGCGCCGCUGACAGCAGCAGGGCGGAGGCCGCCAAGCUCAGGCUGCAGCAGUGCGGUGUCGCCCCCUCGUCGGAGCUGGUUAACAGUGUCCUCUCCCACCUCCGCAACGACUGGGCCUGCGCCUUCAACUUCUUCCUAUGGGCCGCUGAGCAGCCGGGCUACUCCCACUCCGCCCGCGACUACCACUCCAUGAUCUCCAUCCUCGGCAAGAUGCGGCACUUCGACACCGCCUGGUCCCUCGUCCACCAGAUGCGCAACGCCGGCCUCGUCACUCCAGCCACGCUCUUGAUCCUCAUCAAGAGAUACUCCGCCGUCCACGACGUUGCCGGCGCGAUCAACGCCUUUCACACGCUCAGACGCUUCGGCAUCACGCCCGGGCCCUAUGAUUUCCAAGGCCUUCUCGCCGCGCUCUGCCGAUACAAGAACGUCCCGGACGCCGAACACCUGCUUCUGUGCAACCAUAAGACGUUCCCAUUCGACACCAAGAGCUUCAACAUCGUCCUCAACGGCUGGUGCAGCAUCGUGGUCAGCGUCCGGGAGGCCAAGAGAUUCUGGAGGCUGAUGCGCAACAGUGAGAUCGAGAAGGACGUUGUCUCCUACGCAAGUAUGAUCUCCUGCUACUCCAAAGUUGGCAAUCUCGAUGCCGUUCUCAAGCUCUUCAAUCAGCUGAAGGAAAUGGGCACCAAGCCCGACCUCAAGAUCUACAACGCGGUUAUUCACGCCCUAGCGAAGGGGAAGUGCUUCAAUGGGGCCAUGCGACUGCUGAAGGCGAUGGAGGAGAGCGGUACCAGUCCAAAUGCUGCCACUUUCAACUCCCUCAUCCGCCCACUCUGCAAACUACACCGUGUGGAGGAUGCAAGGAAGCUGUUCGACGAAAUGCUUAACAGAGGCCUUUCGCCUUGCGUACGCACCUACCACCCGUUUCUUGAUGCGGCCAAGAACGUCGACGAUGUGUUCCAGCUGUUGGCCAGAAUGCGAGAAUCCAAUUGCGGCCGGGCAAUCGAAACAUACAUUAUGCUGAUAAGAAAAUUGUCGAGAUGGAGGCAGCACGAAAGUGUCUUCAAGGUAUGGAAUGAGAUGCAGCAGGAUGGCUUCACCCCUGACAGAAGUGCCUACAUUGUCCUGAUCCACGGUAUGUUUUUGAAUGGCAAGUUAGAGGAGGCUGCCACUUACUACGAAGAAAUGAAAGCCAAAGGUUUUCUUCCAGAGCCAAAGACCGAGCAGAUGCUUCAGGCUUGGUAUUUGGGCAAGGAGUUCAGUCAAAAAUCAGUUAUGGAAGAGGAAUUGGAUUGCAGGGAAAUUGCUCCUGAAACUUCAACAAAGCAUAGCCGUGCAAGGAACAAAGGAUUAUCAAAAGAUGCUGAAAUGAGAAAAAUUACAAGGGAACGGGGUUUCUCGCUCUACGAGUGAAUGAGUGAUGAACAUGGCUUCAUGAGUUGCCAUGUUGCAAGUUACAGUUUAUUGCUCAACCUGAUUCAAGUAUUCAGCCAUUGCAUUCUAUGGUAAAGAGGUAAUGCAACGGGCACUGCAUUAAGGA